AGGUUGUGGCUAGCGUACGCCAGUGCUGACCUCCACACAAUUCGGUUAAAAUAAAGCAUAUUCUCUCUCUUUCCAAUUCCAAAGCGUCGUUUUCAUAAUCGUACCAGUGUCUUUCAUCAUCCUCUUCGUGAUCGUCUUCUGUUGUUGCUCCACUCACUAUCUUUAUUUUUCCUAUUCUAUCCUUCUCGCUUCUUAGGUUAGCCGAGCGUCAUCGAUCCAGAAACGAUAAAGGCAGUCAUAAAGUGAGAAUGGAUCUGUGUGCUGCUCAUGCGAAGAACCUUUUCCACACAAAUUCGUUUUACCACAGACCCAUUCCCUCCAAUUUGGGAAGGAGCAGAGUGUUUGAGAUCACUGUUUCGAGGAGAAACCCUUACUCUAAAGGGUAUCGCCUAUUUGUUGUCAGCGCCACGGGGAAGAACAAUCAUGACCACAACUCCUCUUCUUCCGGCAAUGAUGAAUGGUCCAUUCCAGAAGAAGAUGGUACUAGAGGGAAUAAUUCUUCUGAUGGCAACAAAUCAGAUAACAACUCUGAGAAAUGUCAUCAUACUAAUCUGGAUUGGCGCGAAUUCAGGGCAAAGCUAUAUAGGGAUGAGUUGAAAGAAAUAUCAGAUGCUGACACGCAUAAUCAAGGUGGAACAUUGCCUAUUUCCAAACCUCUUGGAGCACAGUGGGCUCAUCCUAUUCCAGUACCUGAGACUGGUUGCGUACUUGUGGCUACCGAAAAGCUUGAUGGUGUUCGCACAUUUGAAAGAACUGUUAUUCUCCUUCUCAGAUCUGGAACUAGACAUCAUCAAGGAGGACCUUUUGGAAUUGUCAUCAACCGUCCUCUUCACAAAAAGAUCAAACACAUGAAACCUACAAACCAUGAUCUAUUAACUACCUUCUCUGAUUGUUCUCUGCAUUUCGGCGGACCUCUUGAGGCAAGCAUGGUUUUGUUGAAAACAGAGGAGAAGAUGAAGCUUCCAGGAUUUGAAGAGGUAAUCCCUGGGCUAUGUUUUGGAUCUCGAAACAGUUUGGAUGAUGCUGCAGGACUUGUGAAGAAGGGGAUUCUCAAGCCUCAUGACUUCAGAUUCUUUGUUGGUUAUGCUGGAUGGCAACUGGAUCAGUUGAGAGAUGAGAUUGAGUCAGAUUAUUGGUAUGUAGCUGCAUGUAGCUCAAGUUUGCUUUGUGGGGCUUUAUCAGAUUCUUCAGAAAGUUUGUGGGAGGAGAUUUUGCAGCUAAUGGGUGGUCAUUACUCAGAAUUGAGCCGGAAGCCAAAGCAAGACAUGUAGCUACUCAUGUAUGGUUUCAAAUUCAGAGUCAAAUGAAUGAAGAACCUGUAAUCAGGGUGCUACAAAGUCAACUGUACUGAUGUUCACUUUAAUGUCAAAUAAAUAGAUAAUUUAUCCCCCUGUCCUACUCUAUUGUUAUAAGAGGAAUUGUACGUUGCUUGGUUUUUGUAAUUAUGCUUGUUAGUAUAGUUUGAUGUAAGUAUGAGAAUAAGUUGUGUUGGCUAGCAUUUUUACGAUUAAACUUUAGAAUUUCAUCUAGAGCUCAAAGAGCUCCAGCACCA